AUGGAUCAAGUAACACAGUUUGUUGAGCCAAGUCAGCAGUUCGUAAAGGACUCAAUUCGGCUGGUUAAAAGUUGCACCAAGCCCGACAGAAAAGAGCUCCAGAGGAUUGCCAUGGCCACAACCAUAAAAUUUGCUAUCAUGGGAUUCAUUGACUUCUUUGUGAAACUGAACCAUAACCCUAUUAAUAACAUUAUUGUGGGUGGCUGA